GACGUCAGUUCCCCCGUUCGCAGAGAGCGCAACAAACAUGGCGAUAGAUUCGAGUGGAUGGGGCUUUACAAUAACUUUAUUCGUGUUUUGUUGUGUUUUUGCGGAAACGCAUGCCCAGGCGGCGGUUUCGGAGUCGAGAGGAGUCACUCGGAUACUCGGCAUGAGGUUGGAGAAGAGCGACACACCGGCCGGGACUACGGAGACAGGGGUUAUUCAGGUGACCGAGGGCAGCGACAUCCUCUUCAGGUUCUACGGGCUCCACUUGUUCCCUAACAGCUCGGCGCUCGUCAGCUUCGCGGAACUGUACUCUAGUGACAAAGAGGACGAUAAGUUUGGCUCCGUCGAGGUCCCUCUCAACAGGACUUGUCCCGAACACACGAAGGAUAUAGUAAUCAAUGGGGGCAUGGAGGUAAGCAACAAAAACACCGCCGGGAUUGUCAGCCUCAAAAUCAAGCAGCUCCGCAAGAGCGAGGUGGUAAAGGUGUUCGGCUUGUGCGUCCGCGACACUCAGGAGUUGGAGGAGACGUGGCACCUCCUGGACGAGAAGGACGGCAGACUGCGGGUGGUGGAAGUGAAGAAGUCCUUGCUGCCCAUCUGGCUGCAAGUGAUCCUCAUCUCCUUCCUGCUGGUGCUGUCCGGUAUGUUCAGCGGUCUCAACCUGGGGCUGAUGGCGCUGGACCCAAUGGAGCUGCGCAUCGUCCAAAGCUGUGGCACCGAGAAGGAGAAGAAAUACGCCCGGAAGAUCGAGCCCAUCCGCAGGAAGGGUAAUUACCUACUGUGUUCACUGCUCCUCGGUAACGUCCUGGUCAACACCACCCUCACCAUCCUCCUGGACGACCUCACAAACUCUGGUAUUGGCGCUGUGGUCGCUUCCACCAUCGGCAUCGUUAUUUUUGGCGAGAUCGUCCCUCAGGCGCUGUGCUCUCGACACGGGUUGGCAGUUGGUGCAAACACUAUCAUGGUCACCAAACUGUUCAUGCUGCUAACCUUUCCUCUGUCAUGGCCCAUCAGUAAGCUCCUUGACUGUGUCCUUGGGCAGGAGAUCGGCACCGUGUACAACCGAGAGAAGCUGGUGGAGAUGCUAAAGGUCACCGAGCCUUACAAUGACCUGGUGAAAGAGGAGCUCAACAUGAUCCAAGGCGCGCUGGAGCUCAGGACCAAAACUGUGGAGGACGUCAUGACGCCGAUCAACGACUGUUUCAUGAUCCACAGCGACGCAGUGUUGGACUUUAACACCAUGUCUGAGAUCAUGGAGAGCGGCUACACGAGGAUUCCUGUGUACGAUGACGAGCGCUCCAACAUCGUCGACAUCCUGUAUGUCAAGGACCUGGCUUUCGUGGACCCGGACGACUGCACCACCCUGAAGACCAUCACCAAGUUCUACAAUCAUCCGGUGCACUUCGUCUUCCACGACACCAAACUGGACUCCAUGUUGGAGGAGUUCAAGAAAGGAAAAUCCCACCUGGCCAUUGUGCAGAAGGUGAACAACGAGGGAGAAGGAGAUCCUUUCUACGAAGUAGUAGGGUUGGUCACCCUUGAAGAUGUGAUUGAGGAGAUCAUUAAAUCAGAGAUUCUGGAUGAAUCGGACCUUUACACUGAUAACCGCACAAGGAAAAAGGUGGCGCCAAAUAAAAAUAAGAGAGACUUCUCAGCGUUCAAGCACGAUAGUGAAUCAAAAGUUAAGGUCUCUCCUCAGCUGCUACUUGCUGCUCAUCGCUUCCUUGCUACAGAGGUGAGCUUGUUCAGUACGACUCAGAUCUCAGAAAAGGUGCUGCUGCGGAUACUGCGCCAUCCCGACGUGAUCCAGGAGAUCAAGUUCAACGAUUGUGACAAGCGCUCACCCCAUCACUACGUCUACCAGAAGGGAAAGCCCGUUGACUACUUUGUUCUCAUCUUGCAGGGUCGAGUAGAAGUGGAGGCAGGUAAUGAGAGCAUGAAGUUUGAGACGGGGCCUUUCUCUUUCUACGGUGUCAUGGCACUCAGCGCUCCCACAUUGGUGGCUGCAUCUCGUCCUCGCCACCUCUCCUUUAAGAGGUUUUCUCUGUUCUCUCGGUUGCCAGGUAAAACAGUUUCCUAUGACUCACUGAGGCCCCCUGCUGGAAGACUCACGCCCACUGCAGAGUUCCGUUCGCCGUCACACCUCAGCGGACUGAACAGAACCGCGUCUCUGAGCGGAGCCGACCGGACAGAGUCUCUCGCCAUCAGUGGCAGCAACACCCAGCUCAACAACAGCUUCUCCUCGCAGCAGUACACGCCCGACUUCUACGUCCGAGCUCUCACUGACCUGCAGUUUGUCAAGAUCACGCGGACUCAGUACCAGAACGGCCUGAUGACGUCCCGUCUGGACAGCUCGCCUCAGUCGCCAGAGAGCGGCUUCAACACAUCCCGUCAGGAUCAGACUGCUCCACUUGCCACCGCCACCGCCACCGCCAACACCAACACCAACACCUCCAUCACGGACCUGGGUGCGGACACCACUGCGAUGGAGAACGGGCCCGACGAGACGACGCUUCUCCUUCUCAACGAGCAGAACUCACCGCACACAGCCAAUCACCACAGCCAGCUGGAGAACAGCGUUUGACGCGUACUUCUCCUUACUGCUACCUUUGCACGCAUGCACUACUACGCUCACAUAUAUGCUGGGGAGGGGAGGAGUGUGUGUGUCUGUGUGUGUAUGUAUGUGUGUGUUUGUGUGUGUGUGUGUGAGUGGAAAUGCAGACAGGCCCAAUGAAAAAAAAGCCAUGUGCAUGCAUAUUGUGUAAAUAUGCAAGAGUUUAAACAAAGCAGAAAUACACACAGACACACCAAAGUGUAUCAUGAGAAAUUCCCUCAUCCGCUUUUUCAUCAUUUAUAGACUCACUGUACCCAAAUAGUUCGUUAUAAGCAAAGAAUGUCUGCAUUUGUGUGUGUGUGCGUGCGUGUGUGCGUGCAUGUGUGUGAGCUCCUUAUGUAAUAGUUGACGACAGAGAUCUGAAGGACCUGCUUGUCUGGACCAGAAAGCUCCUCCCUCUCUUGACCGUCAGAAUAAUCACAGUUCAGAGGCCUCGCCAAUUUUUUGACUUUCUUCAUGUCUGUAUGUGUGUGUGUGCGCGUGUGUGUGUGCGUGUGUGCGCACGCGUGUCCAUUUCACCUUCCUUAAUCAGAGACUCAGGGAGACUUCCCGCCCCCCCAGUACAGACACGCAAGCGCGGUGGAACGCCGCAAACCAACCAACCAACCAACCCACCGCUGCAUGUGUAGCAACCUCCAUCACCUCCACGCCACCCCAUACAGCUAGAAGACAAAGAUCACCCCAGCAUGUCAGUGGAGUUCAAACAAAGUAAUAUAUGUUCCAUAGAAAUUUAUAGUAAUAUAUAUUUAUUGUCAAAACAUGUUUUGAGACUGACACAAGAGACUCCUUGUUUUGUUUUGUUUUUUUGUUUGAGCAGCACCGGGAGGGUUUGGGUAGAUUUCUACAUACACAUUUUUUACACGUUAAGAGAUCUUGCACCCCGAGAGAAAAGUCCCAGUUUGUGAUUCAGACAAUCAGUACGAUUCUGAAGAAUGUGUUAAAGGAAGUGUGUAGCGGACGUGGAUUGUGGCAGCGCUGCUCUCAAAAAGCUCGCCCCUCCCCCUCUGACGUCACCUUCAGUGCUCCUCUGACUCCGUGACAGAUGUGAAAAGAUGUGACGGGCACCGCGGGAAUCUGUCUUCACUGAGGUGCUGAGCUUGUCCCUGUGUAUGCGUGUGUGUGUGUGUGUGUGUGUGUGUGUGUGUGUGUGUUUGUGUUUGUUUGUAUGUGACCAAAAAGGCCAUCACCAGACUUGGUGGUAACAGAAACCAAAAGAGGGAAGCUUGAUCACCUCCUGACUAGAAAAUACUAUAAGAAAUCUCAGAUUUUUAUUUAUUUAGUUAAACUUGUGUACAUAUUUGUCAAUGAGCGGGGCAGGAAAUCCAAUUUUUAUUGUGCCUCCUAUGUUUCGUGUUUUGGGCUUUAAUCAGAUCCCGGGGGAAGGAGGGUGGAUUUCACCAACGUUUUGUUUUGUUUCUGUGGUCAAACACACCACUCUGGCCCUGGCACCAAGCAAAGUUCAUUCAUUUGAUCGGGAAUAUUGUCAAUGUAUGUUUUACAGUAAUCACACACUCCACUUUUAUUGUACGUUCUAUAUGAGACUUUAAAAGGUUGAAAUCAUUUUGUGAUUGACACAGCAGGUUUUUAUUUUGAUUAGUUUUUUUGAUAUUUGUAGUGAUUUACCACAUAAAAAAAAAAAUCAUACAUCAAGGUUUUUUUGUUUGUUUGUUUGUUUUUAAAAUCAAAGAGAAACCGCUGCAUUACUGUCUUGUUUUACAUCAUUGUUUUUCUCUCAAAUUUGCCGAUCUGCACUUUUUCCCCACGACAAAAAACUCUCACCUGCUUUCUAAAUGUGGUUGAAGGGGAUUCUGGGAUAUGUCGGACAAAUCAUCACAACUUUAAAAUGUCUGGUUUUCGUAGAGAUCAAUAGGAUUGAGAGUCUUAUAAGUUGAUCUUUCUUCUGUCGUUUAAGGAAAAGCUGAAGUUCUGUGAACAUGAAACUACCUAAUCCACCUCAGACAUUGUCCUUUGUUCCUCUCCUCUCUCCUUAUCUCUCCCCACCACUGUUACCCGUUCUUUAACCAAAGAAAAACUCCUUCUGUCUCCUGUCCUCGUGCGGGAACUUGUCGAGCACUUCAGAUUUUUUUUGAAUGACACUAAUUUUAAUUCAAUUUAAUUCUAAUUUAAUUUGAAUUUGUUGGCAUCACUUGUUAUGUCUGACAUUUGAGUCAUUAUUGCCUUGUGUGGUUUUCAUUCUCAGGAAAGCUUAAAUGCCACAAGUGUUUUGUUAAAGACCAAGAAAAACUUUACUGUAUUUUCGAGGGAGUGCAUUUUUUGUGGAUGCCACACGUGUAAAAUGUUCAAAACCCCCUUUUUUUUUUCUUUUUUUUUUCUUAGCUGAAGCUGUCUUCUCUUUUCAAAUGAGUGAUUUUUUUUGGAAGGUGGAAGCUGUUGUCCUGAAGCAGUCAGGGGAGAGUAGAUGCAGUAUCUUUAUUUUAUCCCGGUAAACACACGCACACGUGGUGAUAACCGAAGAGCAGUUGAGACAUUUCUCUGACGUGUUGUGGGUUGAUGCAUCAUUAAAUCGAUGCGGUGAUGCGAUGUUUUCUUUGCCAGUGUUGUGUCUGCGAGAUGCAAUUGUUUUUUUUUGCCAUGAUGCUCUGUUUUUACACGCAGCCCAGUGGUGGUGGAACACAGCUGUGCCUCACGCUGCCUUAAACACACUCUUCUGUUCAGCUGAGGUGAACCUUUUUUUUUGCACAGUGUUACGGUUCACGUGUUUUCUACUUUUUACUGACAUGGAAAAACACUCACAACAACACAAAUUGGAUGCCGGUGUUGAGUUUCAUGACACUAAAAGUGCAGCUUACAGGAUUUUUAGUAACGCAAUCUGCUCGGAUAGAAAAAGCCUCAGUGGGUGAACACGACGAGAGCAAAAAUCUGCCCCCUUUGAUGGUUUUGUGGUUUUAGGUUUGAGAUUAAUCGACCUGAAAAUGUUUCAUGGCGACUGUUUGGGUGAGUGCGUAAAAAGCAAACCAUUUUUUUGAAAAAUCCUAAUGGAUAACCACAUUUAUGACCUUAACACUCCCAUCAUUAUGCAACAACUCAGUCCUUUACCUGGUAUGCAACAGCAGAUGUCUCCUUGAAGAAAUGACAAAACAUUGACCUGGAUCGAACUUCCGAUGCAUUUAAAAAAAAACAAUAUUUAAACAUUAAAUAAUUAAGAGAGAGAGAGAGAGCUCACUGGGAAAGAGAGUGUUGUGCUGCCACAAUUAAUUAAUUGGUAAUUGAAUAUUUAAUUAACACUAUUUUGAUCAUUUCUGAGUUGUAUGUUCUAAUAAAGUCAAGGUUCUGUGAUUUCAGCGGUGGUUUCUUUGCUCCUCUGUGACAGUAAACACAGCAACUGCAUUUUCUGACACUUGAGGGACCAAACCGAGUAUUUGACAAAACAUUCAACAGACGUUACUGAUCCUUUUUUUUUUGCAGCCAACUGUUCUGUCGUAGAUGAUCGUUUAAAAGAAAGUCCAACAGUUUGAGGUGGAUAACUGGAAAUACCAGACAUCGCUACUUUAUUUUGACAGUCUAGUUUGCGUCACCCACUGACGUUUAAGACCUCUGAGAGAAACUUUACAAAUGAAUAUUUGUGGUGGGAAACUUAGUAAACAAUAGGUCCCACACUGUGAUGCGGUAAUGAACAGAAGCACUUCAGUGAGCACAGCUGUGAUUUUCCUGAAGGCUGCAAAUUUGCCAAAGUUUUCAGAUGAGAAACAGGACGAGAUGUCACAACCAUGUGACUGACCGGGAUUUCAUAACCAUUUCAUCAACGACUUCUUAACAUGACUCUGCGUUUAUUGUAUUGACGCCGUCAGAGAGAGACAACCCGCUGAUUGUUGUCUUUGCCUUCAUCUUUUCAUUAUUUUAACGUUCAUCCCUGGACACAAACACACACGCUCCCGUUUUGGGGAAAACUCUCUUUUUUUUUUGUUUAUUUUUCUGAUUUUUAUGGCUGAGAUUGUUGUUCAUGUCAUGCCAGGGAGCCCCAGCCCCCUCUACGUUCUUGAAAUUUGACUGGUUUUAGGUUCAGUUUAUGUGUGAGAGAGUACCUGGAAAUCAAGUCUGGUAAAAUAUUUUUUUGUUUUGUACACUAUUUUGUACCUCAGAAACACUGUCAGUAAUUGUGCUAAACAACUUCUUUUUUUUGUCAUCUUCAUUGUUAUUAUUAUUAUUAUUAUUAUUGUUAGUAAUAAAUUGAAUUUGGGAGAACAGUGAGUAAAGUGACAGACAUUCAGAGGGGAAACAUGCUGAUUGUCCUUCAUUUUCUCUGGCAUGCUUUUAACUUUUAAAAACAACAGCGUAACAACUGUGUAAAUACUGUUUUAUAAUUUCUGUCUGAAUGAGUUUUUGAAAGUUAUUAAUAAACAUGAGACGUGUUUCUCUAUGGACCUUUGUGAUUUUCA